AUGACAUCUCGUGUAUACUUGGGUCAUCUCUCUCGUGAUGCUUCGGACCGAGACAUUGAAAAUCUCUUCAAGAGCUACGGUAGAAUCCGUGAGGUGACUUUGAAGAAUGGUUUUGGCUUUGUAGAAUUUUCAGAGACAAAAGAUGCAGAGGAUGCAGUGUACGAUCUCAAUGGCAAGGAAUUCAUGGGUGACAGACUCGUGGUUGAGCUUGCGCGUGGGGAACGCAGACGCGAUGGCCGAAGAGAAGACCGUGAUGAACGAAGAUAUGGACCACCUGAGCGAACCGAGUUCCGUCUUAUUGUCGAGAAUCUGGCACAUGGUGUCAGUUGGCAGGACAUCAAGGACUUGAUGCGCAGAGCAGGCGAAGUCACUUUUGCGGAUCUCAGCAAGGGGCGCGAUGAUGAAGGUGUUGUAGAGUUUUCAUCCGAGCGAGAUGUACAGAAUGCCCUCAAAACGUUGGAUGGAGAGAAUCUGAAAGGCAAACCCAUCUCUCUCCGCUUGUUUGACCCUACACGCGACAAUGUCCCUCGUGAAAUGGGUCGUGGAGGCGGUGGACGUGAUCGUGACCGUUAUGAUGGACGCGAGCGUAGGGACCGUGACUUUGAUAACCGUCGCGAUAGAGACAGAGGUCGUGACCGCAGAGAACGCGAGCGCUCUCAUUCCCGCAGCGGUGAUCGCAGACGUUCUCGCAGCCGUGAUCGUCGCCGCUCUCGCAGCAAGGAGCGUGGAAACCGCUCAGAUCGUGGUCGUGACCGUGGUGGACGCUCUGAACGCGACCGAAGCAAAAGCCCUACUCGUCGUGGACGUUCUCGCUCCAUGAGCCGGGAUUGA